AGCGAGAGCCGGGAGGGGGCUGUAGCGUGACAGUUCGUUACAACGCUGUGUUUCCAGGCAACCGGCCGGGACCGGGACGGUUAAGACUCGAGCUCAGUACGCUCCCUCACGCCGCUGUUCCGUUUGGAAGCGCGUGCACGCGUGUAUGUACAGUAUGAACGUCUGUGUGUGCGCGCGUGAGUGACUGUGUGAGCACGAGCUUUUGCGUGCGUGCGUGUGUGUAUGUAUGCAUGCAUGCGUGUAUGUGGAAGUGCAUGCGUGUGUAUGGGAGUGAGUGUGUGGGAGCGCGGCUCCGAGGAGGUUCAGCCUGCGAGCGCUACCGGUACUGUUAGCUACAGCAGCAGGAGCAGCGGCAGCGGCAGCGGGCGAGCAGGAGCGCUGUCUAAGAAUUUCCCCGCAACGUGCCCUCCACGGAGAAUGGUCUGCUAUACGGAGCGCUGAGGGAGCCCCACACCCCUCUUCCUUACUCCCCGGCCCUUGCAGUUCUCCGUUUGCUCUCUCCGUUUUUGGAUCUCUGCCUUUUUUGUACCCCGCUAUUCACUUUGUGCUGUUAGUGAUGGGAAAGGAGCAGGAACUCCUGGAAGCAGCGCGUACUGGAAAUGUGACUCUGGUGGAAAAAUUACUGAGUGGCAAAAAGGGAUUAUUGGGCAACGCGUCUGGAUCUCUACCCCUUCCCAGCUUGCUGAGCAUGUGGCGAGGACUAAAUGUGAACUGCACAGACAGCUCCGGGUACACGCCGCUGCAUCACGCAUCUCUGAAUGGUCACAGGGACGUUGUCCUCAAAUUACUCCAGUAUGAAGCAUCUACAAAUAUAGCAGACAAUAAAGGAUGCUUUCCACUUCACCUAGCAGCAUGGAAGGGGGAUGUUGAAAUUGUGAAGAUAUUAAUUCACCAUGGACCAUCACUGUGCAGAGUAAAUGAACAGAACAAUGAAAAUGAAACUGCAUUACACUGUGCAGCACAGUAUGGGCACUCUGAGGUAGUGGCAGUCCUGCUGGAAGAGCACUCUGACCCGGCCAUCAGAAACAAUAAAUCAGAAACACCACUUGAUCUCGCUGCUCUCUAUGGCCGCCUCCAGGUGGUUAAGAUGCUGGUAAAUGGUCACCCUAAUCUUAUGAGCUACAAUACAAACAAGCACACACCUCUGCAUUUGGCAGCACGCAAUGGUCACAAAGCUGCUGUUCAGGUACUGCUGGAAGCUGGAGUUGAAGUCAACAGUCAGACAGAGAAAGGAAGUGCACUACACGAAGCAGCCUUGUUUGGGAAGAUGGAUGUAGUCCGCAUUCUUCUAGAGACAGGAAUUGAUGCCAAUAUCAUUGAUGGUCAAGGAAGAACAGCAUUGGAUAUUCUCAAGGAGCAUCCAUCUCAAAAAUCACAACAAAUUGCAGCUCUUAUUCAAGAAUACAUGGCAGAAAAAGCUUGCACAAAAAAUGUAGAAGAACCAGUACGGCAGUGCCCUGUCCCAACACCUCGUACCUCUGUUUCAACGCCAGCUGCAUCACCUUCUCCUAAAACUAAACAUGAACCUGUGACAGGAGAAUUAUCAAAGCUACUAAAUGAAAUAAAAAUGUGCAAGGAUAAAGAAUUCUCUUUUGAGGACCUGUGCCAAACCAUCUCUAUGCAUUCUGUAGAAAGCUUCGGAAGUGGCAAGUUUUCUGAGGAGGAGUUGGGACGUAAUGGAAGUCUGACUAAGAGCAACAAGCGACCGUCACCCCCCUUAAUCCCUCCAUCUGAAGAGGAGGAAGGUGAGAGAAGCUGUGGGCCUGCGGGCUUAUGGGAGGCAUUAACACCCUGUAAUGGCUGCAGGAAUCUGGGAUUCCCUAGCAUCUCUCAGGAUACAGAAACAAAGAAAACCAACAACACAGUAGAGAGAAUGCCAUCUCCUUCUCUCGAUGUGUUCCCUCCAGAGGAAGAAGAUAACCCUUAUGAAUUCUUGGCGACAGCUGUUACGAGGAAACCUUGCUCCCUUGACAUUUCCCGCUUGUCAUCUGCCAAACCAGACAAUUCACCUCAUGUCACUAUCACCGAACCGGAGCUUCACAUUCAUGGAAACAAUUCAACAGGGCCAACUCCAGAUUGUUCCCCACCAUCUCCAGACACUGCACUGAAAAAUAUAGAGAAAGUUAUUCGACCACAGCCUAAACAGCGUACAUCUCUGAUCACUUCCUUGGAGUCACAUCGUCCAAACCACAGUUAUGACUUUUCUGAAAUCAGCUCAUCCCUAGGUUAUGCUAGUUUCAGCACUAGUCCACCCAUCAGUCCGGCCAACUACUCGAUUGGAUCUGUAGAAGACUGUGACUUGGCAGAGGAUAUUCUUUGCCAGAGAGAAGCCCCUGCUGAUGUUGAGCUUCCAGAUGGUCAUAUUCCUGAGCAGUUUGCUGGCCUUUUGCAUGGGUCUUCCCCUGCCUGUGAGUCACCAGAUAACCCAUACCAGCUAUACUCUAAAGCAAAGAGGCUCGGUGGGCCGGAGAUAAGGACCAGCCAAAACAGCAAUCUACUGCAGGCCACAGACUACACUGCACACCUGCCUCGGACUGGCAGCGAUGCCUCAGUCCUGAAGAGCACAAAAGAGGGCAAGCCUCAAGUUGUUUACAGGACUAUCUUUCAUACGAAAGUUAACCAGGUUGAUUCAGGCACAUUUCCAAAUGCAAGAAACUCAAGAAAUUGUGAACCAAGCACAAACAACACCACUGGGGGAUUUGAGGACCGUGCCAGCACAUUAGGAAGGAUGAGAUCAAUCCCGAAGAAUGUUUUGGACCUACAGCUCACUCGGAACUUUUCCAAGUCUGACUCUAAUUUAAUCUCUUGUUCACCUAUUGAGGAGGAAUCCAGGGUUGGUCGAUGUGAGUCUGCAAUAAAUAAACCCAGUCCAGGAAAACAUCUUGAGCGAACACCUUCUUUCACUGCCGAGUGGGAAGAAAUUGAUAAAAUCAUGAGCUCAAUUGGAGCUGGGAUUAACACUGGCCUUGAGGACAUCAAAGAAGAUGUGAUAGGACCCCGAUGUCCUGUGCAGUCCGUGGGACAGUGGUUGGAUAACAUUGGACUUGUUCAGUAUGAGAACCACCUGCUGGCAAAUGGCUUUGACAAUGUUCAGUUCAUGGGAAGCAAUGUUGUUGAAGAUCAAGAUCUUCUAGAAAUUGGGAUUCUUAAUUCAGCACACAGGCAAAGGCUUCUACAGGCGAUUCGACUUCUUCCGAGGAUAAGACCUGUUGGCUAUGACGGUAAUAACCCAACUUCAGUAGCUGAAUGGUUAGAAUCCCUGGAUCUGGGUGACUACACAAAGGCCUUUCUUAUUAAUGGAUACACAUCAAUGGAGCUGGUGAAAAAGAUCUGGGAUAUUGAGCUCAUCAAUGUUUUAAAGAUAAGCCUUUUAGGGCACAGAAAACGAAUAUUAGCUUCACUCGGAGACAGACUACACGAAGAUCCACCUCAGAAGCCUCCAAGAUCUAUUACCUUGAGGGAACCAAGUGGGAAUCACACUCCUCCCCAGCUCUCACCCUCCCUUAGCCAAAGCACCUAUACUACCGGUGGCUCACUGGACAUCCCUCAUAUUAUCAUGCAGGCAGAUGCAAGGAGAAGGCGAAAUGAAAACUACUUUGAUGAUGUGCCGAGGUCGAAGCUGGAGAGGCAGAUGGCCCAAGUCAGUAUGGCAGGAGAGUGGUGUGAACCCAUUACCCUCCGUCCACCUAAUGAGGCCACGUCAUCUACACCAGUCCAGUACUGGCAGCACCAUCCUGAGAAACUCAUUUUCCAGUCAUGUGAUUAUGAAGCUUAUUAUUUAGGUUCCAUGUUGGUUAAAGAAUUAAGAGGAACUGAGUCAACCCAGGACGCAUGUGCAAAAAUGAGAAAAUCAACAGAGCAAAUGAAGAAAGUUCCAACGAUUGUACUUUCUGUUUCAUAUAAAGGGGUUAAGUUCAUCGAUGCUUCAAAUAAGAAUAUCAUAGCAGAACAUGAAAUACGAAAUAUUUCCUGUGCAGCUCAAGACCCUGAUGAUCUGUCAACAUUUGCAUAUAUCACAAAAGACUUGAAGUCAAGUCACCAUUACUGCCACGUAUUCACAGCAUUUGAUGUGAAUUUAGCCUAUGAAAUUAUUUUGACACUAGGGCAAGCAUUUGAAGUGGCUUAUCAGUUAGCCCUACAAGCACGAAAAAGUGGCCAUGGCUCCUCUACACUGCCAGAAAGCUUUGAUAAUAAGCCAGCAAAACCUAUCCCAAAGCCACGUGUUAGCAUUCGAAAAUCUGUGGUAAUUCCCCCCUCUAGCCGCUGGUCCCUGGGUCACAUUUACACCCCACACAGACCUCCUCACCCUCCUGUUCCUUCUUCACGACUUCAUCCUCACAAAGUUCAAUUUCAGAUCGAUCCGCCAGCCAUGGAGCAAAAGGGUCAUGCCAAUGUGCCGUGGAUUGUGGAACCUGGACAGGAAGCAAAAAGAGGAAUCAACACUAAGUAUGAGACCACUAUUUUUUAAUAUAAACCCAUGUCUCCUUCUCCUCUCUGUGUGUGCCUUUGCACUCUGAGCAGUCACAGCACAGCGCUUCCCCCUGUGGAGACCUUUGACCCAGUUGAAAGGAAGCCUGCACUGUCUGAGUGACCUUUACACCGUUUACUCUCAUCACUGCAUGAGGCUGCUGUCUUUUCCUUGGCAUUCCUCUCACAGUAGCACAGCAGUGACAAUGACGCAUGAGAACUGUCCUGAGACUUCUUUGAAAGGCAGUCUGUCAGAGGGCUUAAAUCAGUACAGUUUAGAAAUGCUCUUACUUGUGACAUUGAUGCAACACUCUCUUUUUCUGGUCCUAUAUAUUUUUUUUUUCUGUUAUUGUAUUUUGAGCCCUUGUGGGAUUUCAGAUGUCCUCCCUGACUGCCUGAAUGAAAAAAAAAAAAAAAAAAAAACCUUAAAUGCUGCUAAGAGCUGAUAAUACUUUUAAAAACAAAUGUUAUACUUUUUUGAUUACCUUGUGUUAACAAAAUCACGGAGGUUUGACCACUUCCUGCUACUGCUUACUGUAAGAUGAACCUAACAAAACUGAUUUCAAAGAGUUAUCUUUUGCUGUAAACUAUGUAGCAAAUGCAGCUUUUUUUUGACUGAGAAUAAUGUAUGAUAUGUUUUGCAGAUGUCUCUUUAAUACUGGUCUCUUGAUUUAAGCCAGUUUUUUUUUCCUUUUAUGUAAUAUUUAAGCAUAUUUUCAACAACCAGCAUAUUGUUUACUUGCUAAAAACAAGUUAUUUUCACCUUAUUAAAAAUACAAAUAAUAACUGAUGCCCUCAAGCUUUGAAUGGGGGCUUUUAACAUAAUAACUUAACACUGUGUAUAAACGUGUAAGAACAAAAAAAAAAAAAAGUACAAAAAAAAAAAGGAUACUUUUACUAUGAAGAGUUUUGAAAAACGCUUUUUGUUUUCAUUUUGAAACUCUGUAGCUUAAAAUAUCCAGUGUAGCUUGCCAAAAGCUUGAAGUCCAUGUUGGAUUGGUGAAGAUGGCAGUCUUCAAAGCAGCAAGUGCGGCCCUCCCGCUGCGGCAGUGAAUUUUCUGGAAUACACUGGAUAAGUUGUAAAAUUUCAUAUUCAGUACAGUGUCAAAUGAUCAGCUCUUCAACUGUGGAUGCAGAGAAUGUAGCCAAUUAUUAUCAUUAUGUCUUGCACAAAAGUGUUACAUUUCUCACACUGGCUGCAGAAUAAAGUGAUUGAUUUACAUGUUCUUUCUCCAUCUAUGGUUAAGAAAAUAACAAAUUCUCUAAUCCAUUCAUCGCUUCUGAGUAUUGGUGUAUGGGUUAGUCAGCCAAGUGUGUCUGUUGUUUCUGAAUGUGCUUGAGGCUGCAGUAAGGUGAGGGGUGUAGGCUUUCAGUAUCAGGCAUCUGUGGUGAACAGGGGGAGAUUCUAAUCUGCUCAGAGUAAAGACUGUCAUUUAGCCACUUUUGUCAAAACUAUGUGAAUUGAUACAAAACGAAUCCUGUAUUGAGCCAGAACCUAACUGCGCUGUGCCCACUGUCAAGCUUUAUGGGAGAUGGUGACCUAAUUUAAAAAUGAAAUUGCCAUCUGUUUCAAUAUUCAUAUUGUGAUGCAUUUUAAUGUUUAAUAUAGGAAUAUUAUUAUAUUAUUGUGUAAUUAUGGUCUAACAUUGUCUUAAUGUUACAUUAUUUUUAUAUGAUAUGCUGAAACUAAGCUGGGCUUAACAAUAAUAGUCAUCCAAAAAAAAUAAAAUAAAAUAAAAUAAUGAAUGUGAGGAUGGCUACGGUAAUUAGCUUGGGAUAAAACUGAAAAAUGAAAUGUACAAUUUUUUUUUUUUGGUUGGACUGAGCUGUGGUUCAAGUCAGUUGUAAUCCUUUACUGCAGUAUUACAGUACUUGAAGUAUACAGUUCCUUUGUAAAUAAUUUGCCUAUUCAUUGUUCAUACUUGUAUGUAGUAGAACUUGGCAGUACAUAGCACUGGAAACGUGGUACCAAAAUUUAAAAAAAAAAAAAAGAUGGGAAAUGAAUGAAAAUGAAAAUUGUAUGAUGGGAAAGUAAAUAGUGGCCUCACUGCAACUAAUACAAUGUAUAUAUGCUUGGGCUUCCAGUUUAAAGAUUUUUGUAAUUUUGGUCAUUAUUUAUAUCCUUGUGAAAGCACAUGGAAUAAACCGAACUUGUACAACCA